CGGAACAAAACGGAGCCGCUCCAGUAUGAAAUUCAUCUCGGCUUGUUACUUGCUGCCCCUCUUUCCUGCACUGGUCUUCAGCACUAGACAGGGCUAUGAAGAACUGGAAAGACAACUGAAAGAAGUCUUUAAGGAAAGGAGCAAUAUUCUUCGUCAACUCUCGAAGACUUCUAAAGAACUUGAGGGAAUUAAAGUAAACCUCCAGUCUUUGAAAAAUGAUGAAGCAUCAGCCAAAAAUGAUGUGCAGAAGCUUCUGGAACUGGGCCAAAAGCAAAGGGAAGAAAUGAAAUCUCUUCAGGAGGCCUUUCAAAAGCAGCUUAAUGAGGCAGCUGAGAAAGCAGAAAAGCAGCAGGCUACCAUUAACUUUUUGAAGACUGAAAUGGAAAGGAAGAGCAAAAUGAUCCGUGACCUCCAAAAUGAGAACAAAAGCCUCAAAAACAAGCUCUUGUCAGGAAACAAGCUUUGUGGUAUUCAUGCAGAAGAGUCAAAAAAGAUCCAAGCACAGCUGAAAGAGCUUCGUUAUGGAAAAAAGGAUUUGAUUUUUAAG